AUGCAAACUCCAUUGUCCAAAGAUGUUUCACAUAACAGCAGAGAUGACUGCACCUUACAAAUUUCGAUAACUCUACCCAAUAUACAAUGCCAGGUGGUUUCGAAAGGAACACUUACGGAUGAUCAUCUAGAAACGCAAAUUGCCGCCAUUACAAAUGCAUUACAAAAAAUGGCCAAAGCAAUUAUUCCAAGCCUGCCAUUGAAUACCAACUCAACUAUUCUUGAUCUUCCACCGGAUGUUUUAAAUAUUAUUCUAGGGUAUCUUAAUCAAAGAGACAAAAUCAAUUUAUCGAAAACUCAUUCGAAGUUUGGAGGCAUAUGCAAAGCACUGUUAUUCAAUUCAAUUUAUGUUUAUAAUGAAUUUGAUAGAUGGGGGACCAUAAGUAUUCCAAAGACUUACUAUACCCCUUUCUAUAUGAAUCAUACGAUUAUCCGUCAAAGUAAUUUCUUCCUAAUGAUUACUGGUGGUUACUAUAGAUCAGAUUUAAUAAAAGAAAUUAUAUUCGUCGAUGAUACGUUUGUGACCAAUAGAGGUCUAAGCUUGAUUGCUAACCAGUCCAAUUGUCCAAUAAGGUUUAUAAACUUCGAACGCGAGGAGACUAGAGAUUGGUUCAUGGAGAACCAAAAAAGGAGCAAUUCAGAAUAUUAUAGAUUAGGAAGUAAUACGCAAUCAGAGGAUAUCCAACCCUUCAAGAACUGUAUACGGUAUUUAACGAUUGAGAAGGCCACGAGUUCUUCUAUUCAAAUAAAUUUACCCCAUUUCCAAAAUUUGAAGAGAAUAAACGUUGUGAACCCCCCAUCAUUUACGAUCACUAGUCCGGUUCUAUGUAGUGAGCUACACUUGGAUAUCUUCAACCAGACAUUACUAGGGGAUGUACUCUCUUGGUUCGAUUUGCUGGCAGUGAAAAUAUUGAAGAUAGCUACCAAUCAGGAUACAUACUACGAAGGAAUUCAACCACGUUGUGAGAAAUUUCGGAGCCUUGUUGCUUUGCAGAUUCCGUUUCAUCCUAUUGAGCAAUGGACAAGGAUAAUUCGCUCGCUAAGACGUGAUUCUUUAAAGGAGAUUUAUUUAGAUGUUUGGGCAAAUAGAUGGGAAAGGACUACGUUUGAUAAUGCUAUGUCUGGGCUUACCCAUCAUCAAAAUUCAUUGCGUAUACUCAGCUCGUCGAGAAUGGAGCACGCAUUUAGAGGUUCCUUACUAAUAGAAGAUUUGCCAAGACUAAACGUAUGUAGGAGAAAAUUGUUCAAAUCGGUUUAUGUUUAUGAUGAUAAUGACCCAAAGACAAAGAUAAACAUCCCAAAGAAGUUUUAUUCUCCAUUUUAUAUGAAGCAUACAAUUAUCGGACUGAAUAGAUUUUAUGACUUCAUCUCCAGUGUUCAUUAUGACCCUGAUUUAAUCAAGAGAAUACUUUUCGUCCAUGACAGCUUUAUCUCGGUUAAAACCUUGGAUUGUGUUGCUAAGCAAGCUCCUCGCUGUGCUAUCAGAUUCCAAGAUAUCAGCUUUGAUGAUACGAAAUCUUGGUUAAAAAGUCAUGAGCAGAACACAAUUGAUGAUUAUCAUUUGUUUGGCAACGAAUUGGAGGAAAGCUACCCUUUGGAGAGAUUGUCUACGACAACACAUUUGAUUAUUCUUCAAGCUGAUCCUGGUUGGAUUGAAAGAUAUCUACCAAAGUAUGCAAACUUGAAGAGCGUCAAAAUUAUUGAUCCUCCAUCAUUUGUAUUGCAAAAUCCGAUGAAUGUACCUGAAUUAUAUUUAAAAUUCAGCAACAGGACUUUAGUAAGAGAUUUAUUGAAAUGCUUUAACGUUCUGAGGAUUAGACAGCUAUAUAUUUGCAGCAGAGAUCAGGAAACAUACUUUGAUACUAUAUUUUCUAUGGCUGGAGAUUUCAAUUCACUCAGAGCGUUGAAAGUUGAUGGAACAACGAUCGAACAAUUGUGGAAAUUCGUUGCAAAUUUAAGAUGUGAUUCUUUAAAUGAGAUGUUCUAUACUCUCUCUGAUCCCACACAAACAAUAGAAUUUACCGAUGAAAUUGUUGAAGCAUUAUCACAUCAUAAAAAUUCUUUGAAAAUAAUUUCCUUAUCACCAAUAGAAAAGGAAGUAUUCCGAGUUGGAAAGUUACCGGAAUCAACAUUCGCCGAAUUUGACUUACUAAGUUUUGUUUCUUUGGAAAACUUUGUAGUGGAUAAACAAGUUUUGGUUGUUGACCGAGUUCCGAGAAAACCACGGUUGGUUCCACUUGAAUUCUAUUCGAAGCAGGAAUUCUAG